ACUCGAAAAUCAUUUUUGGGCACUUGCAACCGGACAGUGAGACCCGGCAAUAAGCAGACAGAUUGAGCAUCUUCCCGCACAACACGACAGUCACUUCCUGCACCUGCGAGGGAACUCGGAAGAGCUCACCAGAGCAACAACAUCACUCCUUCCUCAACUCAACUCGAACUCGACUCAAUUCAGUCCCACAUUUCAGCCGCCCUUUCUUUAUUUUAAUCUUUCUCGUAACAGUUGACAAUUUUUAAGAGAAAAAAAAAAAACCGCCACCAACCUCACCCAACACUCCCCAGCCCCCCACAAAAUAAAACCCUAAAACUUGAUUCUUUCAUCUAUUCCUUUUCUCUCUCUUCUAGUUUAAACUUAUCUUUAGUCGAUCGAGCUUCUGCUACCGUCGAAGCUGUCUUUCUCAUAUCUCAAGCCUCAAACAAGAUUGUGGGUAGCAGAGAACUGUCUUCUGCAGUGUGCACUAUCCUUCGUGUUCCUUAAAUAAUUUAUUUGCAAUCAUGGGAAAAUGUGUUCACCUAUGGAUGAUGAUGAGCCAGCAGUGAGAUGCAUGUGAGGGGCUUGGCUACUUUACAAAUACUUUGAUCUCUCUGUUUCUCUUUGUCAGGACUUUGAGAUGGGUUCUUGCUUCUCAUCCGCAGCCAACGGAAAAAGUGGCAACAAAAGGGAUGACCAAGUGACAGAUGCAUCCACGGCUAUAACCUGUGCUUCGCCGAAGAAGCAGAAGCAAAGGCAGGGGCUAGGGAGGUGGAGGAAGAAAUCUAGUGGGUUAGUGCCAAUGGGUGAGGCAGAGCUUCAUCUCAUUCCAGGGAGAAUGUUUUUGAAUGGUGCCAGCAGUGUUGCAUGCUUGUAUACCCAACAGGGGAAGAAAGGGACCAAUCAGGAUGCCAUGCUUGUUUGGGAGAAUUUCAGUUCGAGAAGUGACGCGAUAUUCUGUGGUGUAUUUGAUGGUCAUGGUCCUUAUGGUCAUAUGGUUGCCAAGAAAGUACGAGAUUCUCUUCCUGUUAUAUUAUGUACUCAAUGGAAAGCCAGUCUUACUGGUGAGCAGAGCUGUCUCAAUAAGAGCGAAAAUGCUCCUGAAAGCACUAUGUCUGAGGAUGCUGCGUCUUUGAGCAUGGAUGAUGAAUGCUGUGAGUCAUGGGAGAUUGAAGAAAACGAACAGCUCCCAGAGAUGUAUUUACCUCUUAAACAGUCUAUGUUAAAGGCUUUCAAGUUAAUGGAUAAGGAAUUAAAGUUGCAUCCAGCAAUCGAUUGUUUCUGCAGUGGGACAACUGCUGUUACUUUGGUGAAGCAGGGUCUGGAUCUUGUAAUUGGAAAUGUUGGUGACUCAAGAGCAGUGCUGGCAAUGAGAGACAAAGAUAAUUCUCUGAUUGCUGUCCAAUUGACUGUUGACCUGAAGCCUGAUUUGCCAAGGGAAGCUGCUAGAAUUCAGCAAUGCAGGGGAAGGGUCUUUGCCUUGCAAGAUGAGCCUGAGGUUGCACGUGUAUGGUUGCCCAAUAAUGACUCACCUGGUUUGGCAAUGUCUAGAGCUUUUGGGGACUUCUGUCUGAAGGAUUUUGGUUUGAUUUCUGUCCCAGAUGUUUUCUAUCACCGCCUUACUGAAAGAGACGAAUUUGUCAUUCUUGCCACUGAUGGGGUUUGGGACGUCCUUUCAAAUAAGGAAGCCAUUGACAUUGUGGCGUCAGCCCCUAGUCACUCAACAGCUGCCAGAGCUCUUGUAGAUUGUGCUACUCGAGCAUGGAGGCUUAAGUACCCUACUUCUAAGAAUGAUGAUUGUGCUGUCGUAUGCCUCUUUCUGGAAUAUUUGCCUGCAAGUAAUGGAACUGCAGAAGAGAAUUACAUAACAAGAAUUCCUAAGGAAUGCAGAGAAACGAUGGUGGCUAUUGAUGAAAAUAAGGGAGAUUCUCACACUUCAAGUCUUGGUCAAUCUGAUGCAUUUCAUGGUUCUACGGAAAUAGUUCCUGUAACUGAACUGACAGAAGAAAUGUUGUCUUCGAAGUUCCCAGGCCAGUCUAAGAGGAGUCUUGCUGAGUGCAUCUCGGUUGCCGAUGAUGAAGAGUGGUCAGCCUUAGAAGGUAUUACUAGGGUUAAUAGCUUAUUAAGCCUUCCGAGGUUUCUAUCUAGUCAUAAAAGAUCAACUAGGUCGAGAAGAAAAUGGUUAUGAGAACUGACACAGAAGUCAUUUAGCAAAAUAAACAUGUUUUGGAUGAUCUCACAUUAAUGAAUUAUGAUAUUUGUUGUUCAGUGAUUUUAAAA